AUGAUGCUCACAUAUUUUAUACCUGCUUUGUUGGCACUUGCUAGCGGAGCCUCUGCGGCUCUCAACGUCACAGGCUCGACAUGCACGGUAACACCUUUACCGGUUGAGGGUAGUAAGGAACCGGACGACACACAGCAGAUCCUCGAUGCUUUCAAGCAAUGCGGACAGAACGGCAAGGUCAUCUUGACGGAAGGUUCAUUCCACAUCGGGAAGGUGAUGGAUCUUAAAGACCUGAGCAAUGUGGACAUUGAGAUCCAUGGUACGCUACGAUGGUCCUCGGAUAUCCAGUAUUGGCUGCGAAACAGUAUCGGCGUCGAGUACGCGCAGCGGUCUACGGCCUGGCGCAUUGGUGGCCAAGACAUCAGCAUCCGUGGCUUCGGCAAGGCGCUAUUUGACGGUCAGGGUCAGCUCUGGUAUGACCAGAACCGUGGAGGAAGUAACCAGGCCGGACGACCGAUCAGCUUAACGCUCUGGCAUGCUAAGAAUGUCCUUAUCGACGGAAUCACCUGGAGGCAGAGCCAAUUCUGGCACACCUUCGUUGCGUACAGCGAGAAUAUCACCAUGACGAACCUAGACAUGAACUCGACCAGUAACAGCCAAUGGAGUACCGUGAACACUGACGGUACCGACACUUGGAACUCAAAGGACGUCUUCAUCAAGAACUGGAAAGUGACCUGCGGCGAUGACUGCAUAGCCAUCAAAGGCAACAGCACCAACAUCCAAGUCUCCGACGUGCACUGCUACGAGUCCGGCUGCGCAACCAUCGGCUCUCUGGGCAACAACCCAGGCAACGCGCCAGACUUCGUGCAAGACGUAACCUUCGACAACAUCACCUGCACGCACAGCUCCAACGCAGCCUGGGUCAAGACCUACAGCGGCAACGGGCUCGUGCGCAACGUCACCUUCUCCAACAUCCGCGCCGAGAACGUCAACCAGCCCAUCUACGUCACCUCGUGCAUCUACACGGCGCGCGGCUGCGACCAGAGCCGCCUGCCGAUCCAGGAUGUGCGCUGGAUCAACGUGACGGGGACUAGUCGGUAUAAUAUUGCUUCGGCGAUCCACUGCUCCGCGUCUAGCCCUUGCUCGGGGUUUAGUUUUGAGAACGUCGAGAUCACCCCGCUGGAUGGGAAGAGUACGCCCAAGUACUUGUGUAGUAAUAUCCAGGGCCAGGCUGAGAGCGGCAUCCCCUGCACGGGGACGUGUCCGGCUGAUUGGCCGCAGCAGUUGAGUGGAAACCGUUAG